AUGCCAUCUAUGACCACUGCGGCUUUGUGGCUUCAGGCCCUGCGUCAGUAUUCAGCCCUUUAUUCCAAGCCAUCUGCCUCAGUCCCUUCAAACCUUCCAGGGAAUCGCUUAAUGCAAUCGAACUCAACUACUAGAAUUAACAGCAGAGUAGGCCAUCCCGCUGGUCCUCUUGGCAUUCCGUCAGUUCGAUCUUUCCCAUCCUUGUCUGAACGGCUUUUUUUGUACGAAACUGUAGCUCAAGCCCAUCUCUUUGGGUCCCGUGGAUUUCAACUUCACCCUGACAGUCUCAAUGUGUUACGUCAAGUUCGAUGGGAACUAAUGAAACAUAGCUCACGGCGUGAAAAAAUGAUUAUUAUGGAAAAGGUACUAGAAUUGUUUACAAAAGCAAGUCAGGUCUACCUAUACGAUCCUAUCCCAUCCGCCGCAGCAGAACAGCAAUCGCUGAUGCUAGAGCAGGUGCAAUGCCUCGUGGAGGCCAGGAUCUUCAGAAUCUCACUCAGCCUACACCACCUCCGCCAUCCGCUCCAGUGCCCACAGAUGGCACGAAUGGAUAAAGAUUUACCGUCUCUGCUGCUGCGUGAGGCCGAAGCGGCUCUGAGAGAACGAAGAAUGCUAUAUCAUAUCACCUCUAGAACAACGAAUAGGGGGCGUGACCACAAAACAGGCACCUCCAGCAGCAAAGUAAGAAAUCAAACGGAAGAUGAAAAGGAGGAUAACAAGGAGGAUGCAGAAUUAAUGAAAAUGCAAUUGUACUGUGCAGUGGGGAUGGCGGGGGCCCGUCACCCUGCAGAAGCAUUGCGGCUUUGUGAAAUGGCUGAUAAUGGUGAUGGCAGAGGAUUUGCUUUCGUCGUCAAUCGUGUCGCACAACUAUCCAGGGAUGGGGGCCAGCGUGCUUGGGAACUAGCGGAUGGUGUACCGUUGUCUGUGCUACUUAAGUCAGCGCGGGAAGCUUUGGCUGGAGAAAUGCAACUUGCAAGCCCUGAGACUUCGAAACCAGUCGAAGGCGACUCGAUGACAAUCAACUAUGAGGGUAAUAAUGGUAAUAAUAUCCCAUCAUUUGGAGGAAGCGUAUCCCUCAGAAAGGGCAGGAGUACAGACCGAAAUAUUCGCCAGCAAAAGAGUGGUGAAGCUAUUAAGAAACUGCAGCCUCGAUGGCUUCAGGGGCUCCUGGAGGCACUGUUACACAGGCGCCGUGUGACAAAAGGCAACGAUGUGACUAUGAAAAAUUGGCUACUGUCGUUUAUGAGACUUUUCGAGGAGGAAGUUGAAAAAAAUAAAAAGGGUAUCGCGAUUCCAUUUUACAAAACGGAGGAGAAUGGAAUCAAAAUCGACUCGGAUAAAAUUGAGGGGUAUCUAACCCAGUCUCCUCUACGCCAUCCUGAACACAUCCCACGUUGCAUUAUCGAAACCUUCCUGUCUGUGUGCCCGCCAACAGCAUGGCGUGAGGCCUAUUGCUUGGUUCUGCAUUACAAUCAGGCUGUUUCAACGCCAGCAAGAGAGCCUUUGGGAUCUCGUCAUGGGAUCAGGCGUAUCCCACUUGGUGGUUUAAUGGCAUUUCUCAGGCUGUCUGGACGUCCGGUUGAGGUGCUUCAGCUAUUCUAUGGUGCUGAUAACCUCUUGAUUCAGCCGCCACACAGCCCUAAAGAGGAAACCCGUAUCAAGGACCCCAAGGGAACCACGUCUACAGAGGAAAAAUCAAAUUUAGGCAUACGACUCAGUGAAAAAGCUCAGGCAUGUCUAGCACUCCCUCAAGGAAUACAUCUUUCCGAAGAAGAUAAACGUCAGCCUAUUAUCUAUAAUCAUGUAAUCAUGGCAUUUAGGGAAGUUGGACUUUGGUCACAAGCGAUGCAGUUCUACAACGAACUUUCACCAAACCUUAAAAAUACUUUUACCGAAUGGUCAAUAGCGAAGACUCUUCUCUUGGUGCGAUCAGGUCAUAUCUUCGUCGAUAAUUUAAAUGAGCCCUCUCUUGAUGGAAAGACAUAUCGAGUUGCGGUGAGAUGCGUCCAUCAUGCGUUAGGUAUCCCCGAAGCGGCAGAGUACCUUCCCACACAUUCCACGGAUGUGAAGAACUCAGUUGCUCGCGACUCUACGCCUCAACAGCGCGGUAUCUCAGUGCCAACAGCAGAUCGUGAUGACGUUCUCGAAUCGCUGGCGCUGUGGGCCGCGGUUUGCGGUGACUGGCAGGAGGUUUGCACGCUGGCAGAUCAUGCGCCGCCGACCUGCCGUUAUAUUCGCCUCAUAGCCAUCGCGAGUAUAUUACGGCAAUUGAAAUUUACUGAAUUACUUAAUAUCAAAAAAGAUCUAUCGGAAGCAUUGCACUUACAGUAUCAGUCUUUGUGUGACUGCCCAAAGCGCUCUGUUAAGCAAAUCUGCUUAGGCUUGGCCAUGCUUGCCUGCACGAACUCUACGGUGGUAAUCGCACAAAGCAACAAAAUGGACAGCAGCGAUGACCAUUUUCACAAUGUGCUUGAUACUAUGCGUUUGGAAUCUGUUACAGUAACGGCCUUAAAUGAACUGGUUCAUUGCUCUCAGUCCGUCAUGAAUGAGUUCAUUACCAUCCUUAUGGGCUACAUUCGUAGCAUACGAACGCAUCAAGUUGAAAAAUUCGAAAAAAACGCAGAUGCUUCGCUGAAGGUUUCAUUUUGCCGAAGAAGUGAUGACCCUAGCAGCUCUAGAUCUUGCAAAGGUUUUAUUUCACUCGCGCGAGAGAAUAUACUAGACUCAACUAUUUCCCUAAUGUAUUGCUUGCAUUCCGAAGAGGAAGGAACAAGUGAUAUGAAUUACCAAAAUGAUUUGCUGGUGAACGUAUUGAAACGACUUGGCGAGGAGCAUGGACUUUCAAUUGCACGGGUCGCCCCAGCGAUGAUCUCAUCUGGGUGCAGUCCUGAGACGAUUCUUCGCCUCCUAACAUGA